CAUGUGUUCCAAUUUGUUUUGGUCCACCUACAUGUUCUCUGAAACUCAUCAACCACAUCUUCCUAGGUUUAUUCCUCACAUGAAUUUGAUAUUGUUCCUAAAUAAAGGAACCAAGCAUUCUUCUUUUUGCAUUAAUAUUAUCACCAGGACAGAACAAGAACCCAUUUGACCCUUCAGUAAUUAAAUACAAAGAAUAAAUAAAGACCUAGAGGAGAAGUGGAGGAAAACAAGAUUCCGGGACACUUAUCAUGUCAGAAGUGGAAUCUCACAUUCUUCUUCCCAUUGCAUUACUCAAUUUCUUCAUUUUCAUAUCAGGUCGGCUUGUUUGUGGAGACUCACUGGAGACUGACAAGCAAUUACUGCUGAACUUGAAGUCAUUUUUUGAGGAUCAAAAUCCUGUCGAGAGAGGAUUUAAAUAUACUCAAUGGAAUCCUACAGAUUUUUCACCCUGCAAAUGGCCUGGAAUUUCAUGCAAUACUUCCAUCAAUCGUGUUACUGGAAUCGACCUCUCGGACAACAACCUGGCUGGGAAAUUGUUCGAUAAUUUCUCAGCCAUAACGGAAUUGACCUAUCUUGACCUGUCCAAGAACACAUUUUCAGAGUCCAUUCCAUCAGACUUAAGCCGGUGUCAAAACUUGAAAUUCUUGAACUUGUCACACAAUAUCAUUGUUGGUGAGCUCAACUUGACUGGUCUGAACAAGCUGGAAGUUCUUGAUUUAACGAUGAACCGGAUUUAUUGGCUAACAAUCCCUGAGAUUUGUGACAACUUAGUUGUUGCAAAUAUUUCUAACAACAAUUUCACUGGUGGGAUUGGAAGAGUAUUUGAAUGUUGCAUGAAUCUGAAGUAUCUUGAUCUGAGCUACAAUUAUUUGACAGGGAAUCUGUCGUUCGGGCUUGAUAUGCUUAACGUGUUUUCAGCGUCUCACAAUUUCUUCAGUGGUCCUCUACCUUCCUGGAUUUUCACCCAAAACUGUUCCUUGCAAGUUUUGGACUUAUCAGAAAAUCUGUUCUUUGGAGAAUUGCCUACAUCCAUCUCGAACUGUAAAGGAUUAGUAGAGUUGAAUUUGUGGGGUAACUACUUUUCAGGGUCAAUCCCUAGAGAGAUUGGAACUGUACUGAGUCUUAAAGAACUUUGCUUGGGAAGUAAUAACUUUUCAAGUGAUAUUCCAGACACUCUCUCAGGCCUAAGCAAAUUGAUAUUUCUGGACCUAAGUGGAAACAACUUUGGAGGAGAAAUACAAGAAAUUUUCGGGCAAAUGACACAGGUAAGAUUUCUCAUGCUGCAUGGGAACUCUUAUAUUGGAGGCAUAGUGUCAUCAGGAAUUCCGAACUUGGUAAACCUUUCUCGGUUGGACUUGAGCAAUAACCACUUCUCCGGUCCAUUACCAGUUGAAAUUUCUCAUAUGAAAGGUAUGGAGUUUUUGAUUCUUGCCAACAACCAGUUUGGUGACAAUAUACCUUCAGAAUAUGGAGAACUUCUUGCACUUCAGGCUCUUGAUCUUUCCUCUAAUAAGUUAACCGGUUCAAUACCACCAAGUAUGGGGAAGCUAAAGUCACUACUGUGGUUGAUGUUUGCAAACAAUUCAUUGAGCGGUGAAAUUCCACCGGAGUUAGGGAACUGCAGCAGCUUGUUAUGGUUGAAUGUCGCGAAUAAUCAACUUACCGGUCCAAUUCCUCCUCAAUUAGCGAGUAUUGGUUCAGAUCCAAUGCCAACUUUUUUAUUGAAUAGGGAAAAGGAAAAGAUCGCUGCUGGCUCAGGGGAUUGUUUUGCCAUGAAGAGGUGGAUACCAGCUGAUUACCCUCCCUUUAGCUUUAUAUAUCCUCUAUUAAUAGGGAAGAAUUGUAGAAUCCUGGGGGAUAGGUUGUUUACAGGAGAUCGUUUAAUGCCAGUCUGUGAACCUGGUAGUAAUGUUCGAACGAAUCAGGUACCCGGCUAUAUUCAACUUAGUGACAACAAAUUGUCUGGUGAUAUCCCUCCUGAGAUUGGCUUAAUGCAGAACAUGAGUAUGCUGCAUUUGGGUGCAAAUGAAUUUUCUGGCAGGCUUCCUUCAGAGAUUGGACAACUGCACCUAGUAGUCCUUAAUAUUUCACAGAAUAAAUUUUCUGGUGAAAUCCCAAAGCAGAUUGGCCAUAUUAAGUGCUUACAAAACCUUGACCUAUCAUUUAAUAACUUUUCUGGUCCAUUCCCAACUAGCCUUAGUAACUUGCAUGAUUUGAGCAAGUUCAACAUCUCUUACAACACAUAUUUAUAUGGAGUCGUACCAGAAAUCGGGCAACUGGUUACAUUUGAGAAGUCAUCAUUUCUUGGUGAUCCAUUGUUGCGUCUUCCAUCCUUCAUGCACAACUCUACGAACAACACAGAACGAAACACGAAUGAAAAUCACAAAAAGCACACAAAGGUGGGUGCGCUUUUGGUAAUUGUGGCUCUAGUACUAGCUUUCCUAGUCUUUGGAGUCAUGUCACUCCUUGUUUGCCUCCUUAUAAAAGCCCCAAUGGGUUCUUCAGUAAACUUACUGGAGGAUACAGAGGGAAGACAUGAUUCGCCAUCAAGUACUGGUGCAUCCUCAUCACGGCCGUGUGCAACCUCAUCACGGGGUUCUGAUGAUGUUAAGGUUAUCCGUUUGGACAGAACAAGCUUCACACAUUCCGACAUACUAAAGGCCACGUGGAACUUCUCGAAUGAUAGAAUUAUCGGGAGGGGAGGAUUCGGGAUAGUUUAUCGUGGAGAUUUGCCUGAUGGAAGGGAAGUAGCAGUGAAGAAGCUACAGAGGGAGGGAAUUGAGGGCGAAAGAGAGUUCAGAGCUGAAAUGGAGGCGCUCAGUGGGAAUGGAUCCGGUUGGCCUCAUCCAAACCUUGUAACUCUUUAUGGGUGGUGCCUUGAUGGAUCAGAGAAACUUCUAGUCUAUGAAUACAUGGAAGGUGGCACCUUAGACGACGUCAUUACAGAUAGAACAAGGUUUACAUGGAAGAGGAGAAUUCAAGCGGCAGUUGACGUGGCACGCGCUUUAGUCUACUUGCACCAUGAUUGCUACCCUUGCAUUGUCCACAGAGAUGUCAAGGGUAGCAACGUGCUUCUUGACAGGGAUGGGAGGGCAAAAGUCACAGAUUUUGGCCUUGCUAGGGUCAUGAUUUCUGAACAUACUCAUGUUAGCACAAUGGUGGCAGGGACUAUUGGUUAUGUUGCACCAGAAUACGGGCAGACAAUGAAGGCCACUACAAAAGGAGAUGUGUACAGCUACGGGGUGCUAGCCAUGGAGCUAGCAACGGGAAGGCAUGCUAUAGACGGGGGCGAAGAAUGUCUAGUUGAAUGGGCGACAAGGGUAAUGGGAGAUGGAAGGAAAGGGUUCACUAGAGCCAUCAUACCAGUUGCUCUAUUGGUAUCUGGCCUGGCUGAGGGAGCAGAAGAAAUGUGUGAGUUGCUUAGAAUUGGAAUAAGGUGCGCGGCUGAGACCCCGAAUGACCGGCCUAACAUGAAGCAGGUACUAGAUAUGUUGAUUAGUAUUCCUACCAGCCAAAGGGGAUCCAGCCGAUCCAACCAUAGCUUUGGAUCAAGUUGUAGCUCUUCUCCAUUACUAUGAUGGAAUCUUUUUUGAACUCAAGAGCAAGGUGUCAAAUAGUUUUUCACAGAUGUGUAACAUUCCUAGCUUAUUCUUCCUGUAAAACAGUUUUUAUUCUAGGAAAAUGUAGACAAUUUUGUUUUUUUGGAUAACAAAAUAACUUUUAAGAUUCUUGGUAUGAAAUUGAAGCAGACAAGCAUUGACCCACCUACAGAGUUACACUACAGUAGGUGGCAAUAUUGUUCCCUCUAUCAGGUACAGAAGUUCCCCGGAGCAAUUCAAAGUCCAAUUUCCAGCAAGAGUAGUCUGCCAGGGACUGUGCAAAUUGCAACUGCAAACAGAAGUGGUCUCCAAAGUCAACUUCUGGACCACGUCCGAUGGAAAAUCUUAGUAGGCGUUUGGCCAUGAAAACCAAAUAUUUUUCACUUUAUUUGGUAUUUUGGAAUUG